AUUCAAACCAGCUGUGAGCUGAGGAACCUCACUGCAGAAACAAACAGCAGGUAUGUUCAUCUAAAAGGUUAAUGCAUGUAAAUCUUCACAUACGUUCAUUUUAUCACUUUGAACUUUAUUAUGAUUAAGUCUGUUUAGAGAGUUAAAGGUUAUUUUUUUCAUCUUACUGUAUUACUGAUGAAAUCACGCUUGAAUUUCGUAGAUCUGAUGUAAAUGUGUCCGAAACAUGUUAAAAUUUCUACUAAAUAUCUUAAAUAUAUUUCUGUUCGUGUUCGAUAAGUAUAAAGUAAAUCUGUCGUUUUAACAGCGUCAAUGAUGCUGCAGAAGAAACGCUUAUGCAGCAGAACAGACAUGCCUGGACAAGUCUCUGUGUACUCCUCCAGUCAAACAUGAGACUGAAACUGCGCAGAGUUUAUAUUAUUUCAUGCAUAAAAUUGUGCAAAUUCUGUUUGCGAUUGCGAGACAUCUCAAGUGUAAUUAUCAAUCAAAUAUGAGUUGCAUUCACGGUUUCAGUCAAUCAAUCAUUCAAACAUAUUGUGGAGGUUAUUGUCGUCCUCUAGCGGUAUCAUUCACAUCUAACAGGUGAGUUGAAUAUUGUGUAGAUUAUUUUUUAAGUACAUUUGUUUAAAUCUUAAAGUUAGAAAACGAUCACCAAACAUAAACAUUAGUGCCAUUUAAUACUGAGUGAACUAGGGUUAUUUCCAUUGGUAUCAUUAUCAUUAUUAUUAUGACUUGAGUCAAUGAAGCCUCCAGACACUUAUGGUCAAACAUUACUUAAAUAUCAGUGAAAGUUGCUGACUUGCCACUUAAAAUACUCUGUUUAAAAUCUAAAAACAUGGUUGUAUUUUCACAAUGCAUGAGUGCCAUCAGGAAUAGUUUGUAUAUUUAUCUAUAUAGUUUAUUAAGAAAACAUAAUUUAUGUCUUAAAAAGCCCAUAAGCAACAGACUUCCAGAUGUGCAGCUUUAAAUGUAGAGUAAUAGUAAUAGGAACAUUUAUUUUGUUACUGUUUAUCACAGGUUAAUUUUCUGGAGAGUGUAAAAAGAAAUGCAGACCAAACUAUUAAUGCAGCCAUUAGGGCUGGGCGAUAAGGGAAAAAGUUUAUCAUGAUGUACUUAUUUUAUGUCAGUCGAUAUCCAUAUCACGAUAUUUUAAAAAAAUCACUUCUUGUCGAUCUUAAAUGUUCUGUUUCUCUACAUUUAACAUGUAAUCAACAUAAUUUGCAGUGAACAUUACUCUGCUUCAUGUCCGACCUCAAAAAAAACAGAAUACCUCCACACCACCGACGUUUUCUUGCCAGUUUUGUCCACAAUAUCGUCAUCUGUUGAGCCUUCAUCGUCAUUUCUGUCGUGGGUAGCACCCAUUUUCUUUUUCCCUCACCAUCAGUGCUAUCAGCUCCACGUGUUUAAGUGCUAUGGUUGUGUGUAGCUGCAGCCUGCUACUACACAAGUGUUUGCUACUUGGUUCUAAUUCAGCAGGAUUGGUUCAGUGCGAAGUGAACCCGGAGAAACUCCCUUUUUCAUCGGCUAUUUGUAUUGUCUACCGAAACAUGGCAGAAUGCCGGCUAUCAAAGCUUAUUGACCAGCUUUCAUAAGGAUAUUGAGAGAAAAUUAAUUUUUGAAAUAUAUCAUUCUAGUUUUAUCGCCCAGCCCUACCAUCAAUCAUCAAUAUUUCACCAAAAAAGGUGAUGUAUUGAUGAGAAUUGAUAGUCUUUGUCUUUUUUUGCAGACAUGGGUCAUCUCCUGAUCCGUCACCUGUGUCUCCUGCUGAUCGGCCUGUUGCUCUGUCAGUGUCCUGCAGUCUGCGGCCUGUUUGAGUGGUUGAAACGCUCAGACGCUCCUCCAGCAGCUCCUCCUCCACCUCCUCCAGUAUCACCGGCGCUCCUCGCAAAAGACGCUCAGUUUGAGAUGGCCACCGCUGAUGAGAAGUUUCUGUCUGAGUCGAAGCACAUGGAGAUCAGCCCGUUAGAGAGCUGCCAUUAUCGGGUAAAACUGAGCGUGUCCACCCCUAGAAUGUCACGGUGUCUUCAAGUGUUUGUAUUUUUGGUUAAAACUCUGUUUAUUUGUAGGUGGUCGCCCGGCUGAAGGCGAGCUGCGACGGUCUCUCAGAGGAGCAGCUCGCGAAGCUCGGAGUCGUUCUGUUUAACUGCCAAGCUGAGAGCGAGGGGCGGCGAACCUACCCGUGUACGGAGGAAAUGGUAAAAAUACUCAGAUAUGAUGAGAAGACAAGUCUGUUUUAUGUCUACAUGAAGAUGUUUAAACGUCAUGUUGAUGUUUUAGACCAUUAAAGAGUGCACAGCAGACAUGGAUUCAGACACGUGGAACGCCUACCAUAUAGUGAGCAACAGAGCGCGCUCAGUCUGCUACGCCACUCGCCAGCAGCUCUUCAGACGCAGAGCGGAGCACACCGUCAACGCUCUCAUCUCCACAGCCACCAGCCAGCUCGACGCCAUGAAGGACCUGAAGGUAGAGUUCACUUUCAUCGCAGUAUCAGACAAAGAGUUGAGGGUUUCGUUGAUGACCUUUGAUGACCCGGUGUGUCUUCACAGGAGGGCCAGAAGGAGCUGAAGGAUCUGACUACAGCCUCACUGCACAAGCUGCAGGAGGGUCACAGCGCCCUGCAGGAGCAGCAGGGGAAGCUGUACGAGGGUCAGGAGCAGAUGGAGGGCUCGCUGAAGGACAACCUGGAGCGUCUGAGCCAGGAGAAAGCCCUCAUCGCGUCCGGACAGGAACUGGUGGCUCAGCUGAUCCAGGGUAUCACCAAGAAAAUGGGUGAGAGCUCCACGACUUAAAACUGGAGAAGAUUCACAGCAAAAAUAAAAAUUUAAAAUAAUAAAAUCCUCCCUCCUUUUUAUAGAGAACGUGAGCGAGCAUCUGCAGAUCCAGGGCUCGGAGGUGCAGGACAGCCACAGCGCCAUCGUGAAGGACCUCGCCGAUGUCAGACACCAGGCUCAGGACAUCUACCAGAAGAUCGGUAAGGAGAUGCAGCGGCAGGACUAGACCGCACUGACUCCAAACUUGUUGUCCAAACUUGCUGUUCACUCUGUGUGUCUCAGAUCACAGCAUGCUGGAGUUCCUGCAGUACCAGGACCAGACCUCUCAGUACUACACAGACCUGAUGAACAAACUGGAGCGCAUGAACAGCACUCUGGGGUUCCUGCUGCACUACCUGGACAACAUGCAGAGCCGCAUCGAGGAAAGACUUCGCAUGAUCCAGGGCUACCUGGGCUGGGCAGGUGAGACUCAGGAGACCUCAGAGAAGCUCAUGAACAGAUAUGCCAGUAUUUUAGGAAAAUCCAGAAAAACCAUUAACUGUAAGAAGAUCCUGAGGUCUGAUCAACAUACUUGUGUUUUAAGUCUUCAAACAGCGCAGAUGACGGCUCCUUCUUGUCUUUCUUUCUCUGAUUUCAGGUUUGAGUCUGACCGCCAUGUGGACGUGUGUUGCCCAUACGGGAUACUUCGUGGUGUGUGCGGUUCUCCUCACCUUCCUGCGUUGUCCGGGUUUCUCUCGAGCCAUGCUGCUGCUCACCGUCCCUCUGAAUGCAGUGGCAGAGGUCAACCAGCAGCCGGCGCUGGAUCUCACAGGCCUCGGCCUGCUGCUGCUCGCACUCACUCUGGGUACAAACGCCCCCCUCUCCGUCCACAAAGCAACUUAAACACCUCCAGUUCUUCUUUAUGAUGUUAGUUAUUUUCCUCUGAAUCCUCGUAGGUCACUGGUUUCUGAACCAGCUGCUGGCCGUCUUCCAGUUCAGAGGGAAGCCGUCCGCUCCUCUGCCCCUCGCUCCAUGUGACAUUGUGAAACCUCAGAAGCAGACAGCGUCAUCCUCAUAUCCACCUUCCUCGACCCCACAGAAGUGAGUCGUUUUAUUUCAGAAUGAACUCCAGUAUUGAAAUGGGAAUUAAAUGAAGCUCUGCCGGCCUGAUGGUCUGUGUUUGCCCUCAUAUACUGAGGUUAGACCUCAAACAGUUGGCAUAGAUUUGCUUGUGACCCAUGACUCCUUCACUUAAUUUUACCCUCUGCUCGUUUCCUACUCUGUCCACUGUCCUGUCCGCUCAAAAAAUAAAAGGAAAAAUCCCCCAAUGAAUCUUUUAAAUGUGAAUUGUAAUAUCUGAAUAACUUAAUUAUCAAAUGUUUUAAAACUAUGAAAAAGGUGAGCCUAGUUUACGAAGUAAAAUCUGAAAACUUCCUCCAGUUAUGAAGCCAACCGACUCUGAAUUCACUUACAAUUGUUUUUAUUGUUUCUUUAUUUGACUUAAGAAUAUCUAACACUGGUUGGUGUUUCUUCAACCUCAAGUAGACAACCUUUUCUAUAUCCAAAACUUAAAGAACUUAGGUUUCCAUCACACAAAAAGAAAGCAAACAGAAAAUCUUUAUAUUUAAGGACUAAAACCAAUAAAAUCAUAAUCAAAGUAUGUUAAAGAAGCGAACAGGAUGAGCAAAAAAAGGUAUUUUUCUCUUAGAAAUUACUAAAACUGAUCACUAUCGGCAUAUUUUCAUAUUUCAGAUGUCAGCUCUACAACAGAAACCUCUUCAUGCCUUUUUAUUUCUGAACUAUAAAACUUUAACCUUCUAAAUGUAUUUUGAUGCAGUCUUGACUAAAACAUCUAAAUGCUGCAGUUGCUUUUAUUUAUCCAACCAAAUAUUAAAGACUAUAACAUUUAAUCAAGUCUGUAGAGCGUGUUCACCGCUGACAGAUUUAAAGUCUUCUUGUUUUUGUCCUCCAGAGAUGAGAAAGACGGCUUCAGGGAGCAGGACCUCCUGUUGAACCAGGACAGCUUCAUAUCAGGUUUGAUGUUCAUAAUGCAUCGUCUUUACAUUGGUACCUUUUUUUUGAAGAUGCAUACAUAAAAACAUAAUUGAUUUUGAGGUCAUAAUGCCAAUCACUAAUAUUUGUGAUUAUAUAUUGUCUCUAUCAAGCCUGCUGAUACCUCACAGGAUAACGUUUCUCACAUUUGCUCUCACUGAUUUCUUCAAACUCAGGAGACCUCGGUAUUUCCGCAGUAUCUCCUCCUUUCAGGAAGCCGAUGCCAGAGUCCAGAUUUGUGCCGAUCACUGGCACACCAAACCACUCCACUCCCAGACUGGUACCCCAGCCUCUUUCAGCAGUGAGCAGACCAUCUGGACGGCAUGUGAAAGAAAACUAAUGGCGUUCGGUUUGAAUGAAUUCUCAAUUUUGUGGUUUUGUUUCCAGGCUCUGGUCGAUGAAAUCCCUCUGAGGAACCUGGGAGGAGUUUUUGACGCGGUGAACGACUCGCGUGACUUUGGGAACGACUCCAGAAGUGCUAGUCCUGCACCGUCAAUCAUCAGCAACAGGUCUGGGUUUGAAACUUUAGCAGAGUGCUUAAAACUCAAGUGAUAGUUCUCCUUUUAAUUUUAGUUUUGUUUUUCUCGCAGCUCUCUGUCAGGUCGUCAGCUGUGCAACGGCAUCACAAAAACCGGGAAGGCCUGUAAGAAGAGAGCCGUGCCCGGACUGGAGUUCUGCAGAGUCCACGAAGGGGGGCUCACCUCAUAUGUGCAAUCCUGAAACACUUCAGUUCACGUCUGUGUUUGUCUUUGCUAGAGGUCCUUCUCUACAAACUGUCUCUCUUUUUUUAUUGUUUUCCGCCCGCUUUGCUUUCCAGAGUAGCUUGUGAGCACUACAUUUGCAUUUUUAAUGUACUUUAUUGUCAUAUUUUUAACUGUGUAACUUUUUUUUACAUAAUAAAUUAUUUCUUUAUCGGUGUUUAAACACA